UGCUAAACUGAUAUCAAAAUAAAAUAUGUAGAAUUAUCAGAUGAAUUUUUUUUCGAAGGGGCAUUAACAUUUUUAUCUCGUUACAUUUAAUUACAAAAUAAAAGCAUAAAUUGAUAUAUUAUGAAUAUUGAAGAAAAUAAUGGUAUAACUACAAAAUUAUUAAAUGAAAAUGUGAAAAAUACUGAAACAAACCCAGAGAAUAGCAGCUCUAAGACAGCUGACAAAUUUAGUACCUCUAUUGCAACUGCGAAUGAAGUAAUGAUUAAAGAAUUCUCAUCUUCCAAAUGGAUAAAAUUAAAUGUCGGUGGGAAGGUUUUUCUUACCACAAUAUGGACAUUGGUAAGUAAAGAACCAGAGAGUAUGUUGGCACGUAUGUUUUCACAAGAAGGCGCGAUGCUUCCAAGUGACCAGGAUGAACAAGGCGCCUAUUUAAUAGAUCGCAGUCCACAUUAUUUUGAACCAAUUAUAAACUAUCUAAGGCACGGUCAAUUGAUAGUGGAUCAAAAUGUCAGUUUGGAGGGAGUUUUAGAAGAGGCAAAAUUUUUUGGCUUGGAAACAUUGGUUAGCCAGUUAGAACCACAAAUAAUACAACAGAACCAGUCAAUGGAUAAUAUACCGUUGACUCGAAGAGAUGUUAUUAAAGCUUUAAUACAAACCUCACAUAUAACAGAGAUACGUUUCCAGGGUGUAAACUUAGCCGGAGCUGACUUAAGAAAGCUGGAUUUCCGUAACAUAAAUUUUAAGUACGCUUGCAUGCAAAGAUGCAAUUUGUCUCAUGCUAAUCUAACAUAUUGCUGUUUGGAACGCACGGAUUUAGCUUUUGCAAAUUUGGAAUGUGCUCAACUUGUAUCGGUUAAAGGCUUGUGUGCCAACAUGGAAGGUGCUAACCUAAGGGGUUGCAAUUUCGAAGAUCCGUCAGGUUUGCGUACUAAUCUUGAGGGCGUUAAUCUGAAAGGUGCGUGCUUAGAAAGUUCUAAUAUGGCUGGAGUAAACCUCAGAGUUGCCAAUCUUAAAAAUGCUAAUAUGAAAAACUGCAAUUUGCGGGCUGCAGUAUUGGCUGGCGCUGACUUGGAACGUUGUAACUUAUCUGGCAGUGAUUUACAGGAAGCAAACCUGAGAGGAGCCAAUCUUAAAGAUGCCGAACUAACGCUUAUGGUUACACCAUUGCAUAUGGCUCAAGCCAUACGCUAAACUUAUAUUAUCGGACAUUACUUAAAACGAAAUGUUUGAUGGAUUAUUUCUGUGAUGCCUGUUUCUUUUAUAUUCUUUGUACAAGAAAAAUAUAUUUAAUUAUUUCCUUAUUA